AUGUCUUCGUCGAUCCAGCUCCUCAACCCGAAGGCCGAGUCCUUGAGACGCCUGCAGGCGCUCCAGGUGAACAUCGCCGCCGCCCAGGGCCUCCAGCAGGUUUUGGCGUCCAACUUGGGCCCCAAAGGCACCCUAAAGUUGCUUGUGGAUGGAUCAGGUAACCUCAAGUUGACCAAAGACGGAAAGGUUUUGCUUACGGAAAUGCAGAUCCAGCACCCCACGGCGGUCAUGAUUGCACGUGCCGCCACCGCCCAGGACGAGAUUACUGGAGAUGGAACGUCCACUGUGGUAUUGUUGGUGGGUGAAUUGUUGAAACAGGCUGAGAGGUUUAUCUCUGAAGGAGUGCACCCUCGUGUGCUUGUGGACGGGUUUGAAAUCGCCAGAGAGGCUUCUUUGAAGUACUUGGACAGCUUCAAGACCACGCCCGAGCUGUUUGACCGGGAGUUUUUGUUGCAGGUUGCCAAAUCGCUGGUGGCUACCAAAGUGACUUCUGACAUUACCGAUGUGUUGGCGCCAAUCGUGACGGACUCGGUUUUGGCCGUUUCCGGCGACGACGUGGCCAGAAACAACUUGGACCUCCACAUGGUCGAGAUCAUGACGAUGCAGCACGGACACGCCAGAGACACCUCGUUCAUCAAGGGUCUUGUUUUGGACCACGGCGCCCGCCACCCAGACAUGCCCCGUGUGGUGAACAACGCGUACGUGUUGAUUUUGAACGUGUCGUUGGAGUACGAGAAGACGGAGGUUAACUCUGGCUUUUUCUACUCGUCGGCUGAACAGAGAGAGAAGUUGGUGGCUUCCGAGCGUCAGUUCGUGGACGCCAAGCUCAAGAAGAUCGUGGACUUGAAAAACGAGGUCUGUGGCUUGAACGGCGACGCCGGUUUUGUCAUCAUCAACCAGAAGGGUAUCGACCCCAUGUCGUUGGACGUUUUGGCUAAGAACAACAUUCUUGCCUUGCGUCGUGCCAAGAGAAGAAACAUGGAGCGUUUGCAGUUGAUUGUGGGCGGAGAGGCCCAGAACUCCGUGGACGACUUGACGCCAGAAAUCUUGGGCCGUGCCGGUAAGGUCUACGAGGAGAGUAUUGGAGAGGACAAAUUCACCCACAUCACCGAGUGCCCUGAAUCCAGAUCCGCCACGAUUCUCAUCAAGGGCUCUGCUGCCCACGAGUUGCAGCAGACCAAGGACGCUGUUCGUGACGGCUUGAGGGCUGUUGCCAAUGUGAUCAAGGACGAGUCCAUUGUGCCCGGUGGAGGAGCCUACUUCAUGAGCUGCAACCAGCACCUUCUUGCCAGCGAGACGGGUAUUCUUAGAGGCCGCAACAAGCCAGGUAUCCAGGCGUUUGCCGAGGCGCUUUUGGUUGUGCCCAAGACGUUGAGCUCCAACGCCGGUUUGGACUCGUUGGAGACCAUUUCCUCUUGUCAGGAUGAAAUCGCCGAAGGCCACCAGGUCGGUAUUGACCUCACGUCGGGCGAGCCCAUGGACCCAGCGCUUGAAGGCGUGUGGGAUUCGUUCAGAGUGUUGAGAAACGCCAUUUCGUCCGCUACAGGCAUCGCGUCCAAUCUUUUGUUGUGUGACGAGCUUUUGAAGGCGGGUAAGUCGUCGUUGAAGGGCCAAGGCGGUGGAGUGAGCCAGUGGCAACCGUCGUGGUCGUCGUCCUAUCCAAAAAAUAACCUGUCCCAGGACCCCCUCUACACCUAUGGCAUGCCUGGGAAACUCUCCAGGCCGUCCUUCUCCAACGAGGAGAACCCUACGCCCAACCGCCAGCCCCUCUACCUGCCAAACCCGCUUUCCCAGCCCAAUUCGGCCCAGCCUUUGGAAAACCAGCAGGAGGGCCUUUCGUCUUCUCCAUACCAGUACAUGCAAUAUCCAUUGCAGCAGCCUCCCGUGAUGGGCCCUGCUUUCCAGAAUAACCUGAACCCCAACUUCAACAAUAACCAGGAGUUCCACGGCGAGUGGGACCCCUCCAUCAGCAGCGCUGACAGAAACGGCCUGGUUGCUUCGAGAGAUUCCAAGGAAUCCACCAACUCCCGCUCCUCUGUAGACCAGAGCAGCUCAGAAACGUCCCGUUCGCUGAGCGAUCAGGCCAAACCCCGUUCUGCCUCUGGCGGUGUCACGAAAAGAUCCCGGAUGGGCUGCCUUACGUGCCGUCAAAGGAAGAAGCGUUGCUGUGAAACGAGGCCCAAGUGUUCCGAGUGCCUGAGGCUUCGAUUGAACUGCGUUUGGCCCAAGCCUGGAACGGAGCACAAGAACAAGAGCAAGGAGGUGAAGAGCCAGGAGAACACCAUUGACCAUGAUGUGUAUGGCAAGAUCAAGGUGUUGCGGGGCAUUGUGGAGUACCGUUCUUCCUAG